CCACCCAGACCCAUGGCUGAACCUGCUGCCCAGAGCCUGGUGAAGCUGCUGACCCUGCAGCUGCUGCUCUGGCACAGUGCACUCUGGACGGUGCAAGAAGCCACCCCGCUGGGCCCUGCCAGCUCCCUGCCCCAGAGCUUCCUGCUCAAGUGCUUAGAGCAAGUGAGGAAGAUCCAGACCGACGGCGCAGUGCUGCAGGAGAGGCUGUGUGCCACCUACAGUCUAUGCCACCCUGAGGAGCUGGUGCUGCUCGGGCAUUCUCUGGGCAUCCCCAAGGCUCCUCUGAGCAGCUGCCCCAGCCAGGCCCUGCAGCUGACAGGCUGCCUGAGCCAACUACACAGCGGCCUCUUCCUCUACCAGGGCCUCCUGCAGGCUCUGGCAGGGAUUUCCCCCGAGUUAGCCCCCACCUUGGACACGCUGCAGCUGGAUGUCGCUGACUUUGCCACCACCAUUUGGCAGCAGAUGGAAGACCUGGGGUUGGCCCCUGCCAUGCGGCCCACCCAGGGCACCACGCCAACCUUCACCUCUGCCUUCCAGCGCCGGGCAGGAGGUGUCCUGGUCACCUCCCACCUGCAGAGCUUCCUGGAGCUGGCAUAUCGCGUGCUGCGCUACCUUGCCCAGCCCUGAGCCAAGCCCUCCCCAUCUAGUGUAUUUAUCUCUAUUUAAUAUUUAUGCUUAUUUAAGCCUGAUAUUUAAAGACAGGGAAGAGUGGAUCGGAGCCCAAGACUUCUGGGUCCCUCCCUCCAUCUCUGAGUUUCAUUCUCCUGCCUAUAGCAGUGAGAAAAAGCUCCUGUCCUCCUGUCCCAUGGACUGGGAGGUAGAUAGGUAAAUACCAAGUAUUUAUUCCUGUGACUGCUCCCUGGCCCCAGCUUUGUUGUAGGCACUGGGAAGAGCUGCAGUGAGCCCCCUACCCCAAGGGUACCCAUUUUUGGGGCCCUUGGAAGCAUCAGGAAGUCUCCCACGUGGGAGACAAGACAUCCCUGUUUAAUAUUUAAACAGCAGUGUUUCCCAACUGGGUCCUCGUAUCCCUCGCUCUGGCCUUGACUUGGCCUCUGCACACCGGUGGGCCAGGUCCUAUGUCCCCUCACGUCCCUAUCUCCAUGGGCAUGAAGUAUCUGGACAAGCAGAAGCAGCCAGAGCUGGGAGGCCUGGCCCUGGGAUCCCACAAAUUUGCUGGGAAUCUAGUUUUUCUUUUGAAGAUUUUUGGGGCAUGUUUUGACUCCCAGCACAAGGAGCUCAGACAUCACCUAAGUUUCUCCUGUUUUCCUGGGUGACCUCAGGAUGCCUGCCCCUGCCAGCAAGAGGGUCAGGAUCUUGGCUCAUUUUAGGGCGGGGCAGAUGGUUGGGCAUAUGCCCUGUUGGAUGGGGACUGGAAAUGUGGGGGGGAAGUGAGAGGGAAUCAUGUCGGGGGAGGGGUAUAAAAGGAAGCUGGACUCUUUACCCUCCACCUCUGUCCCCACUUCCUCAUUGUAACCAAGCUUCGGGAUAAUAAAGUGUUUGUCUCCACGAAA